AUGCCUGCGCCACCUGCUGCGAGGGGCAAGAGCCACGGUGGAGAGCUUAGUUCCAUCUCCGUUUCGUCGGGAAAGAUGGAGGUUGAUGAGGGAGGUUCUGGAAGCGACAAGGACAAGGAGAAGGAGAAAGCAGAGAGGGAAAGGGCCUCAGCAGCUGCGUUGCUCGAGCCGCAGGUUGCGGCUGCCUCUUUGGAGCCUCAGAUUUUCGCAGCCGCGGUUGAUCUGAGUUGUCCGGUUGUUGAGCUUGAUGAAGAGGAUUGCUCGGAUUUUUCCCAGGAGGAUUGGGAGGAGUUCAUUGCAUCUUAUGAGUGUGCUUGGUCGGAGCCUGUUGUGCUUGAAGGCGGUGAGCCGGUUGCGCUUGAGGGUUCCAUGUUGCACGUUGCGCUUGAAAAUUUUCCUUGUGACAGCCCAAACAGAGCCACAGUUGAGCUUGCAGAGUCCCGCGGUGUCCCAAACAGAACCACAGUCGAGCUUGCAGAGUCCCACCAGGUCCCAGACAGAACCACAGUCGAGCUUGCAGAGUCCCCAGAGUUGAGCUUGGAAGCAGGUCGUUUUGUUGCAGAUUUUCAAAAUGGCGUUGAGCAUGGCAUGUUGCAUGUGGUAGGUAGACCUGACCAUGGCAUGGUAGCGCACGAGACAGCAGCAGCCAGCCAGCAGCAUGACACCAUGGACUGGUGGCUCGUCGACUCUGGCGCGUCGGCCCACAUCAUCAACGAGGACACUUUGAGCCGGGUGCACGUUGUGAGCCACAGUGAGUCUGCCAGUGAGUGUGUUUCUGCAACGGGUGACAGCAUUGGAGUUCGGAGGUCUGCGGUUGUCAGGGUUCCAUUCGUUUUGGUUUCAGGCGAGACGGUGGUGACAGAACUCCAAGUGCUUGUUGCUCCUGUGAAGUUUAACCUGCUGUCCUUAGGGCGUUUGCUGGGCAAGAGCUGGGUUGUGGAUUUCCUGCCAAGUUUUAAAGUUGAGGCCGCUGGGUACGUUCUUCGCACGAGAUGGGUCUCCAAUUGCGGAUGGGUUUUCUCGAGUGCUGUUGAGCUUGACCGUUCCGUUGCAGUUGCCGCCCGAGCGAGCUUGAAGCGUAGUGACGGCUGUGAGUCUUCUUCCGACUCGGAGCAGGAGUGGCGCCUUUCGGGUCGCCGCCACCUGGCGGAGCAGCACGCGGCGACUGUUACGAGGACGCACGAGGAUUUCGAGGGAUCCACGGUCGCCUUUACGGCAACCUCGAUGGUGGGUCUUACGCCGGGCCAGAACCUGCUGUUGGUGCCAGCCGCGGAAGUGAAGAAGAAGACGGCAGAGCAGGCAAAGGCAGCUGCGAAAGCAGCGGCGGAGAAAUUCGUGAAGGAGCGCCAGGAGAGCGCCCAGUGGGCCAAGGAGGCAGAGGAAGCAAAGAAGAAGAGAGCAGCCAAAGCCGCAGAGGCCAAGAAGAAGGCAGCCGAGGCGGAGAAGUUGAUCAACGAGGGCACGGAGGCAAAGAAGAGAGCAGCCGAGGCAGUGGAGUUGGUCAGCGAUUCCCCGGAGGGGAAGAAGAAAGCAGCCGAGGCAGAGAAGUUGGUCGACGAGGCCACGGAGGCAAGGAAGAAAGCAGCCGAGGCGGAGAAGUUGGCCAGCAAAGCCGCGGAGGCAAAGAAGAAGGCAGCCACAGAGGCCGCGGAGGCAGAGAAGAAGGCAGCCACAGAGGCCAAGAAGAGGGUCGCCGAAGCGGCCGAGGUCACAGAGGCCAAGAAGCCCAAACACAGUGUGGCCAGAGCAAAGGCGGAGCCGUCUUCGGGGUCGAAGGACCCACCGCAGCCAGUGGUGAAGAGGCAGCCCAAGCCGCCCAUGGUGAAGGCAAUGCCAGCCAAGGUCCGAAAGAUCGUCUUGAAGAGCCGGGCCCAGCGCGGGAUUCCCAGGCAGACCGACACUGCGCUGAGAAUGCUUUCGCAGCGGGCCAAGGAGAAGAAGAAGCGGGGCUACCUCAUGAAGGCCAUCAACAACGCUAUGAAGAAAAAGGCCGAGGAGCAGAAGGGCGCGCCGGUCAGAAGAACCUGGGAGAAGCAUGUCAAGGACCACUACGCUCAGAUCAGGGGGCUGGAGAUCCCGUUCGUGACGAUUUCCGAAAUCGUCAAGGAGCCUCGUGGGCCGCCGGGGCCGCCGACGGUGCCACAGCCGAAGACCCCUCCUUCUACGCCAGCGCGAGCAGCAAGGGCCCCGGAGGUCAAGGUGGAGGGCGCGCGUGCAGCAAAGGUCCCCGAAAUCAUCAAGGUGGAGGGCGUGGAGAUCAAUCCCCCACCACCGGUGCCACCGAGGAGGAGACUUCCCACGCCGCCGAGGGAUCCGAGGUCAGCCGGGCGAGGGCCCUCUGCGCACUCAGAGUGGUCACCUGUGUGUGCCGGUGGAGACAAGGGCCAGGGACACCCCAGCGACGAGAGCCGAGGAACCCCAGCAGAGAGGAGAGCCGAGGAGCUGCGCAUCGGGGACGACGGCAAGAUCUACAACUCGGCGGGCGAGGUGGUGGAGCUCGAGAGCAUCGAGAUAGACGCCCACCAUCCAGGAAUCUCCGAUGGUCCUUCUUCCUUGGGACUCACGACCUACCACAGCGUGACCGGAGCGAGGCCCAUGGUGAGCGGAUCUCGAGGCCCAGCAGCCAAAGAAGCCAUGUUGAAUGACAUGUCGGCAUGGAGUCGUAGCGUUGGCUUGGUUGGUGUUGCUCCCAGUGAGUUGACGGUGAGUGUGAAGUCGGACAUCGAGGGUGUUGUGAAGAACCUUGCGCAGAGUUUUGCUGAUGGCUUGACCGCCGGUGCCAUCGAAGUUGUUGACGCCCCUGUUGGUCGGCAUGCUGUUGUUGCAGAGCGUGCGGUGAGAACCAUCAAGGAAGGUGCAAACACACUUUGUGCUGGGUUGGAACAGGUCGGCUUGGAGCCUUGCGGGAAGGGUGUCACGUAUCUUUUGAUGCACGUUGCCCAGGUCUACAACCGGUACCAGGUGCAUCCUGGAUCGGCGCUGUCCCCAGAACAGCGGUGCCUGAAGACCGCCCGAGGACCGCAUGCCGCCUAUGUUUGGGGUGCUGCCGUGCUUGCCACUCCACCUCCCUCUUUGCGUGACAAGAUCACCGGCCGUUACGGCCACGCCGCCUACCUUGGACCAGAAGUCGGGAGUGGAAGCCACAUUGUGCAGUUUAGGCUGCGGGAUGGCACCUUGAAGAUUGCGAGAAGCGCAAGAAUCCGGAUGUUGGUUCCUCUCACUUUUGAGGUGUCGAGCUUGAAAGGUGUUUGUCGCAUGUUGCCAGGAAGAAGGGAUAAUGCCCAGAAGAAGCUCCCCGAGAGCAGUGGUGACAAUGUGCGCGACCUUCCGUUGCCGAACACCGCAACCCGACGACCACCACCAGAGUGGAUUGAAGAAAACGGAAGGACCCCAAGGUGCCGAGCUUGUCGACUGCGCGAUUUUCCAGCAGACAAGGCAUGGCACACCCAAAGAUGCCGUGACCGCUACGCAGAAUUUGUGCGGAACUCUUUCGAUCCGAGCCGGGCGAUCCUCGAUCAAGCCCCAAUUGAAGAAGAAGCGGCUGGGCUUGAUGAUUUGGGUGCUGGAUUUGAUGUUGAUCUUGGGCUUGAUGUGCCGGAUGAUCUUGAUCCGUUCCCGAAUUUUCCGGUGGACGAGGAUUUGGCCGAGUAUGAGCCCAGCCUGCCUGGAGUUGAGAAUGAGAUUGAGGUUGGAGAAGAACUCGAGCAGAUCGAGGCCCCGAGCCCGGGCGAGCUUGAUUUCAUGCAAGUGGAGCCUGAACCUCUUGAGGCACUCCCUGAAGAAGAGCGGGAGGCCAUGGUGUCUAGUGUGAUGUACCGAGAGUCCAUCUCCUUUACUGGUGCGUCGGUUUGCUUUGCCGGGGCCGCCACCAAGGUUGUUACUCCUCAGGUUGUUGAGCUUGGGGGGGAGAAGCUGUUUGUUGAAGUGCCAGCUUCUGCAAAGGAUGAUGUGACUGGGCACCUGCUUGAUAUUGGCUUGACCUAUGAGGGCAUGUUGCGUGAACUUCGUGCUCUUGAGUCGCUUGCUGUCGGUGAUGUUGUGUGGCAUGUUGAUCCGAAGCAGAAGGUGAUCUCUACAAGGUGGGUCUCCAAUGCCAAAGUCGAGCGUGUUGAGGGAAAGGAGAAUCCGCUUGUCAGGUGUCGGGUUGUUGCUCGUGACUUUGCGCAGGGAGCGACCGCGGCACAGCUUGGCAUCUCUGCUGCCACAAGCUCUGCAGAAGCGCUGCGAACUUUUCUUUUCUACGCGGGUUCCAAGAGGAGGAACAUCGUCGGGUUGGAUGUGAGCACCGCGUUUCUCUUUGCGGACCUCGACGAAGAAAAUGGCCACAUUGUGGUCAGGCUGCCAGACGGAGUGAAAGGUAAGGACGGACGCCGCGGCUACUUGCGCCUAAAGAAGGCCCUCUAUGGUCUAAGAGUUGCAGCUCAGACCUGGUCGCGUCACCUGGCAAAGCUGCUGAAGAAGCUCUGUGACCUGGAGCCAUGCGAAACUCUCAAGCAAAAGCAGAUCUUUAUCUUCGGCGUGCGUGGUGAAGCCAACGUUGCAGAUUUGUUCACCAAACCUCUGAGUUGGACUGUUACCUUGAAGCACAUGUGGGGGCUUGGCUUGCGUGACGUUGCCAUUGUUGCUGGGGUGCUUGAUGGCUUUGUUACGUUGUGCGGUGCAAUGCUUGUUGGAAAGAGCCAUGUUAGCUUGCGUGACCGUUUUGCUGCCAUGCCGCAUGCCUCUUGGUUGGUGAUUGAGUUCUGUGCCCCCGUUGAGUCGUCGAUGAGAGCGGCUAGUCAGGACCUGAACUGGGUGAAUGUGCUUACUGUGAGUGAGCGUGAUGAUGGUGCCAGUGCACAGACCUUGCUUGAGCUUAAAGCCAUCUUUGCUGCACAGAUCAAGAAGAAGGGUUUUGUCUUCUUGUGGGCUAGUACCCCGUGUACCGGAGGCUGCCCAUAUCAGAGGCUGCGUGCCCGUGAUCCAGCCUAUCGCCGUGGGCGGUUGGCUCAGCACUGGAGGCUUCACCGGAAGCUCUGGAGAAGCUUGGUCGAGCUUACUAGCUUUGUGCAUGCUUGGGCCAUUGAGUGGCCACGUGCUUGUGCUUACUGGUCUUGGCGCCAGACUGAGCAUUUUCUUUCUUCACGCCCCUACGGUUUGCACGACGUUCCAGUAGAUGGUUGUGCGCUUGACAUGCGAGGCCGCGAUCAUCUUCUUAUCGCCAAGCGGUGGCGUGUUGUUACCACACACCCAGCAGUUGCUGAGAGCAUCCGUGUCUAUCGUUGCUCUGGGAAGCAUGAGCAUUCGAAGGACUUCGACCUCAAGAGUACACAGCACUACCCGGUAGAGCUUGUAAAGUCCUUCUUUGAAGCGUUGCGCCUUUGA